ACGCAGGUCGAGCGCCAUGACGUCAAGACCAAACAGCCAAUCAAGAUGAUCGUAUUUGAAUCUAUGUACGCGGCCCUUGCGUUUGUACAUCCGCAGCCGUCCCGAUGUCGGGUGUAGAGUGGAGCAUGCGGUGGUUUGAUUUUCUGCAGUAAAGUGUACAGAAUGGCGCUCAAACUAUUGUGGCUGGCUCUUGGAGUGGUCAGGGUUCUGUGGUGUUUAGCACCACAAACUGGCUACAUACAUCCUGAUGAAUUUUUUCAAUCUCCAGAGAUCAUGGCAGGUGAUAUUUUGAAUCUCAAAACAUUCCGUACUUGGGAAUUUAAUACCAGUUACCCCUGCAGAUCGGUACUUUUCCCAUUGGUCACCACGGGCUUUUCAUUUACAGUACUUAAAGCCUUAAAUAAUAGUGGCAUUUUUGGUAACAUCAUAAACAGUUACACUUUACUGGUUUUCCCCAGGUUUUUCCUGACAUGCCUGUCCUUUGUAUUGGACUAUUCUGUAUACCAAUUAGCCUGGGUCUGGAGAGUAGAUCCUUGGAAGGCUUUAACGCUGCUAGGUGGGUCACAUGUCAUGUUAGUUUUUUACACUAGAACAUUUUCAAAUGUUAUAGAAGCAGAUUUGUUUGCAUUGCUUCUGUUGUUGGUCGCUAUCGACACAAAGCAAGCAAAUGUGGGCCCAGAUACUGGAGAAAAGGACAGAAGGAAAAAUAAACAUAUUGGGAUUGUUUUAGCUGCUGGGUUUUUUAAUAGGCCCACAUUCAUUGCUUAUGCUUUAGUGCCAAUGUUCCUGUGGCACUUUUGUGAUCAGAAAGGGACAGUGCAGUUCAGUUUAAAUCAUUUUAUGACAAAAUGUGUUAGCAUUUUGAUUUCUGCAACUGCAACCAGUUUUCUUUUCAUUAUGACAGAUGCACUAUAUUUUGGGUCAUUGUUGUCCAAAUGGGACUGGGUUUUGAAAGAUGGGAACACUAUGUACAAACAUAUUGUUGACAUAAGCCAACAUUUAGUUUUAACUCCUGUCAAUCUUAUUUUCUAUAACUUAGAUCAAAAAAGCCUUAUUGCACAUGGGAGUCACCCUUGGUUUACACAUUUAAUACUGAAUAGCUUUCUGCUGUUUGGUGGCCUUCAUUUGUCUGCUAUUGUAUCUGGUAUCAAAAUGAUGAUCAGCAAGUUUGCCUAUAAAGCCAGCUCUUACACUUCUUGCAAAAAACAAUCCAAAAAGAAAUUGUUGGCACAGCUUUCUCUUGCUUCCCAUUCUGAUGUGUAUUUGUUCCUUGUCUAUUUAAUCCCUAUCAUUGUUCUGUCUAUGUUUAGUCAUCAGGAACCAAGAUAUAUUAGUCCACUCAUUGUGCCACUUGUUAUUCUUAGUGCUCCAAAAUGCAACGUGUUCCAAUGGAAAGUUAUUAUAGUCCUGUUUAAUAUCUUGGGGUCACUGCUGUUUGGUUGUUUGCACCAAGGUGGCCUAAUUCCUUCCCUGUCCUACCUGGAGAAAGUUCUUCAUUCAAAGAAUCAUGGGGCAAAGCAGUACGAGUAUGAUUUGGUAUUUUACCAUACCUACAUGCCUCCAAGGUACCUUCUGAACUUUAAACCAAAUGAAGAGUUCAUCAGAGUCAUUGACCUGUCUGGGUCCGAUGUGCAGGUGCUGAACAGCACAGUGAAAGGGCUGCUUGACAAUAGCUAUUCCAAACACAUUGGGAAGAAUCAGGAAAAGACUAUCUAUAUCAUUGCGCCGGGUACUGUUCAAAGUGAUAUUGAAAACUGUGGAUUCUAUUGGAAAACUGUGAAGUCCUUCUUUCCUCAUUUAACUAUGGAAGAUCCUCCUCACAUUCCUUCUCUUCUAUCAAAAAAUGGAGUAAGCCAGCUUAGUCUUUACAUUUUUGAGGUGGACAUACCGUCAAAGAACAUGGAAACCUAGUUUUAUGUUUUCCUAUCAUCUGUUGUACAGUUAACUGUGCUGAAACAUAGAUUUAUUGUAAAAGAACUUGAAUGUUUUAACAGAGCUUCAAGUUACUUCACCUCAUUUGAAGUCUUAACACAACAGAAUAACCAUGUUCAAAGGUUUGCCAUUUUAACAGACAAUCAUAGAAUUACUGUGCAAAAGAAAUGGAGGGAAAAUAUUUUAUUUCUACAGAUAUCUGGAAAAUAUAAUGAUAUAUAUGGUGCUCCAGGGUAGUAUGCAAUGGUACAUAUGUCUAUAUAACCUGUAGUAUCAUUUGUUGGUUUUGGGGGUUGCAAAUCCCUUGCAAUGAAAAGCUUAUCACUCUGGUAAUAAAUCAGCUUGAAGCAC